UCCAGAGGAGAGAUCCUUGGGGGGGUGGGAGGCACAUCUGCACUGCAAAUAAAAAUAAUAAUUACAACCACCAACCAACCAACAACAACAAAAAGUUAACAGCUAAGAAAAAACACUUUAAAUCAAGGACUUUGGAAAUCAGAGAUCACAGAAAUUAUACUAUUAAUAAGGAGGGAAAAAAAAAAAAAGAGGCAAGAAAUCCAGCGACCAUGGGCCAGCCUGGCUUCCUAGCGUGUACUUUGUGUUCUCUCUCCUUUUUCCCAAGGUAAUUGCAGUCUGCCGAGAGGGAGUUAAAUGGGAUUAAAAGAUCUGUGUAAGCAAAAGGACCCAGAAGAGAAGGAGGAAGGAGUGAGCCGUCCGGGCCAGGGGGUGUCUUUGACACAGCUGAGCCCCUUAGAGAGGCAGAGAACUGAGCUCCUGGGAAGGAUGUACCCACAAACCGGCCUGUCCCCCUUUUUCUGAUGGAUUGCCGCAAAAAUUGCCCGAAAGAGACAAUGCACUAAACGUGAUGGAGCCGGAAUCAGAGCCGGUCUCCAGACUCAGAGCUACAGCAGCAGGCAGGGGGGGAUUCUGCUUUCUCUGGGCUGUAUUAUGUUUUACCUGGUUCCUGGGAUUCACACAAGGAAAUUGUGAAGGUGUGGAUGUUCUUCAAAGACUGGGCCUGUCAGGGAAAAGGCCAUCGAGCGGAUGGUCCUCAUCACGUACAGUUCCUCAAGGAGUCAUUCCUUUCAAAUCAGGGGUCAUCUUCACUCAGCGGGCACGUGUCGAAGCACCAGUCAGCACCAUCCUCCCCGCAGGCUCCAGCACUGACCUGCUCCUAGUGCUGAGCCUCUGCUCCCACCGCAUCAACAAUGCUUUUCUCUUUGCUGUCAAGAGCAAAAAGAAAAAACUGCAGCUGGGGGUCCAGUUUGUGCCUGGGAAGAUCAUAGUAUAUGUGGGCCACAAGCGCUCUGUAUAUUUUGAUUACAAUGUCCAUGAUGGCCAGUGGCACAAUAUGGCCAUCAACAUCCGUGGCCAGACAGUCACUUUAUUUACUUCUUGUGGGAAGCGCAGAGUACAUGCGGAUUUGCAUUUUAAAAAGGACGAGGCUUUGGAUCCACAUGGAUCUUUCCUCUUUGGGAAGAUCAACCAGCACUCCGUGCAGUUUGAAGGAGCCAUCUGCCAGUUCGAUAUUUAUCCUUCCGCCAAGGCAGCUCAUCAUUACUGUAAAUACCUGAAAAAACAGUGCAGGCAAGCAGAUACCUACCGGCCGAACCUGCCCCCCCUCAUCCCGCUCCUGCCCAGGGAUCCCAGCACCUCCCUGAGUACCCCACGGCAUGUGGAGCCCUCGCUGCAGGGUCUGAAGAACCUGACCACUGCUGCCCCAUCCUUGGAGUUUGGCAGGGUCACUGCACCCCUCAAGACUCGGGGUUCAGGUGCAACAACCAUCACAUUGGCAUCAUCCCCGCCAUCACUGCUCAGACUGACAACCAAAGCCACAAAGGUCACGGUGGCCUCAUCUUCUGUUCCAUCAAGUACUGAAACACAGCCACCCACCCAUUCUCUCCCUCGGGGGACAGUGACCACCCCCAGGGUGUCUCGGCCCACUCCCAGCAUGCGCAUGGAGAAACCCCCCCUUCCCACUGCCAAAAAGGCCCCACCGACAAGCCAGAGCUCUGCCACAGCCAGCAGGAAGGAGUCCAAGCAAGAGACCAAAAAGAAGAUCAACCAAAAACCGACCCUGGAGCCCUCCGAAGCACCCAUUACUGUAAAGCCAAUGAAGAGGAUGACUGAUAACACAACCAGCAAUGUCCACUUUGUCACCCUGAAGCAGACUCCGCAGAACCCAAGCAAUGGGCCUGUUCCAAAGAAGCACGUGCCAUCACCUGCCAGGAAGGUGGAUCCUAGCAGUGUCCCUCUGGUGUACAGCAAACCAGCCCUGGGGUCUGCCCGUCCCACCUCCAGAGCCAGGGCACUGGCCUUCAACCUCACAACCCCAGCUGCGACUGAUGGCUAUCAAAUCUUCGAUCCCCUCGGGCCCACUCCGUUUCCAUUUUUACUGGGAUAUCCAGGAGUGAAAGGAGAGAGAGGACCUCAGGGUCCACCAGGUCUGCCGGGCUUACCAGGACCACCUGGCAAGAGAGGUUCCCGAGGUCCCCCAGGUCCCCACGGAAACCCUGGCUCACCUGGCCCCCCAGGCCUGAAAGGCCAGAAAGGUGAUCCUGGGCUGUCACCUGGAAAAGCUCGCAAUGGACAGAAGGGAGAUGUGGGCUUACCUGGUUUGACUGGGUUCCCUGGACCACCUGGUAGAAAGGGAUAUAAAGGCUACCCUGGACCACCAGGCCACCCUGGACACCAGGGCGAACGAGGACCAGAUGGAAGCCCAGGUGCCAAAGGUUAUCCUGGCAGGCAGGGUUUACCUGGCCCCAUAGGGGAAGCUGGCCCAAAGGGCAGUCGGGGAUAUAUUGGUCUCCCAGGAUUAUUUGGGCUACCAGGGGGUGAUGGAGAACGAGGGAUCCCUGGAGUUCCUGGGAAGAGGGGCAAGAUGGGUAGGCCGGGUUUUCCUGGUGAUUUUGGGGAACGAGGACCUCCAGGCAUCGAUGGGAACCCGGGAGAAUUGGGAGCCCCAGGUCCUCCUGGAGUCCUUGGACUCAUUGGUGACAUGGGCUCUGUUGGACCGAUAGGCUAUCCAGGACCAAAAGGCUUAAAGGGGCUGAUGGGAAACCCUGGAGAACAUGGACUGAAAGGUGAUAAGGGUGAUCAGGGAGGAGCAGGUGUUCCAGGAGAUAUCGGCUUCCAAGGAGACAAGGGCAGCCAGGGUUUGCCUGGGGUCCCUGGGGCACGAGGGAAAGCAGGCCCCCUGGGAAAAGUCGGUGACAAAGGUCCAGUUGGGUUUCCAGGACCACCUGGCCCUGAGGGCUUCCCGGGUGACAUUGGCCCCCCAGGAGAAAACGGUCCCGAAGGCCUGAAGGGAAAGCCAGGAGCACGAGGUUUACCUGGGCCGAGAGGACUGCCUGGACAAGAGGGAGAUGAAGGACCCUUAGGACCACCAGGAGUCCCUGGUCCAGAGGGUCGAUCUGGCCAGAAGGGAUUUCCGGGAAGACCUGGUCCCAAUGGUCCAAAGGGUGAGCCAGGAAACCGUGGCCGACCAGGGAAAGUUGGUGAGCAGGGUCUAAUGGGUUUCAUUGGUCCCGUAGGGGAGCCUGGAAUAGUGGGAGAAAAGGGUGACCGUGGCUCAGUGGGACCCCCAGGGCCUCCAGGAGUCAAGGGGUCGAUGGGGCACCCCGGGACACCAGGAGGAGCAGGUUUUCCUGGGAUCCCUGGACCAACAGGUCCGGCAGGAGUCCGUGGUGCACCAGGGAUAAGAGGGGCGAAAGGCCGCAGGGGUGCCAGAGGGCCUGAUGGACCAGUAGGCGAGCCAGGGUCACGAGGUGCCAAGGGCCGCCCAGGGGAGCCAGGCAAGCUGGGGCCCGAGGGGCUGCAGGGGAAGAUGGGUGAGACUGGGGAGACAGGAGCACGUGGCUUCCCAGGUAUCCAAGGACCUUCUGGACCUCCAGGAGCAAAAGGGGCUCCAGGCGACCCGGGUCCACAAGGACCACAGGGGCCACCUGGACCUUUGGGAGAAAUUGGGCAUAAGGGACCGCCUGGCUCAAUGGGACAACCUGGCCUUGCAGGUGAACCUGGCAUGAAGGGUGAUCCUGGCCAGCUGGGAGUCCCUGGAGAGCAAGGCCUUAUUGGACAAAGAGGAGAAUCAGGGCUGGAAGGGGACGGUGGGCCACCCGGGCCAGACGGCAUCAAGGGAGACAAGGGGGAGCAAGGCCUGGAAGGAGAGAAAGGAGAAAAAGGCAACGAAGGACUGAAGGGAAAAGAAGGGCCUCCUGGAUAUCCCGGCAUCACAGGUGUCCGAGGACCAGAAGGGAAACCAGGAAAACAGGGGGAAAAGGGCAAGCCUGGCCAGAAGGGCAGCAAGGGCUACCAGGGGCAGCUCGGCGAGACAGGAUCUCCAGGGAAGGAGGGGCCAAAGGGAAACCAAGGCCCCAAAGGAUCCCGAGGUACCCUGGGACCUAUGGGUGCUCCAGGAAGGAUGGGUGCUCAAGGCGAGCCUGGCUUAAAGGGUUACCAGGGGCAUGCAGGACCACCAGGGCCAAUUGGACCACCAGGGCCGAAGGGGGAAAAGGGAGAACAAGGCGAUGACGGGAAGGUAGAAGGACCACAGGGACCACCUGGAGACAGAGGCCCUGUUGGUGACAGAGGUGAUCGAGGGGAGCCUGGAGACCCUGGUUAUCCUGGUCAAGAAGGGCUUGAUGGAGAAAGAGGAAAACCUGGACAGCAAGGCUUACCUGGGGAUCCUGGACCACCAGGCCAGCCAGGAGCAAAGGGAUCCAAAGGUGAUGUGGGUCAAAAAGGAAAGCAAGGAGCACGGGGCAAUGCAGGGAGUAGAGGCUCACCGGGCAUCCUUGGGCUACCAGGUCCUCGAGGAGUGGUGGGAAGGCAGGGUCAAGAGGGUGCCCCUGGAGUGGAUGGAGUGCCGGGGAAGGAUGGCGUGCCUGGGAUGCUGGGAGAGCAGGGUGAUGAUGGGGAAGAAGGUGUGACAGGGAUGCCAGGCAAAAGAGGGAACCCUGGCAUACCAGGACUCCCUGGGGCACAGGGACCACCAGGAUUCAAGGGUGAAAGAGGAUUGCCUGGACAGAGUGGCCAAACAGGGAAGCGAGGAUCAUCGGGAGGAACGGGCCUUCCAGGGAGCCCUGGCGAGCCGGGACCCAAAGGACAGCCGGGAGACUUUGGCGAGGCAGGAUUUCCAGGGAUUGUGGGCAUGUUUGGGCCAAAGGGCCCCCCAGGGGACCUUGGUUUCAAAGGCAUUCAGGGACCACGUGGGCCGCCUGGUCUCAUGGGAAAAGAAGGAAUUAUUGGUCCACUUGGCAUUCAGGGUCCCAAGGGAAGUCCAGGGCCCAAGGGAGACAAGGGCAGCCGUGGAGAAGUGGGUCUACAAGGUCCAAGGGGUCCUCCAGGCCCACGAGGACACCCUGGCCCUCCGGGACCGCCAGGAAUUCCAGCCUCAUUUCAACAAGAUGGCUUUGGGGCAGCUUUCCAGACACUGAUCGACUCAAACACCGCACUCAAGACAGAGGGUUACCAACAUCCAGACCUUCUCAUGCUGGACCACGGAGGGGAGAUCUUUAAGACUCUACACUACCUCAGCAACCUCAUUCAGAGCAUCAAAAGACCCCUGGGAACCAAGGAGAACCCUGCACGCAUCUGUCGAGACCUCAUGAACUGUGAACAGAAGAUGAACGAUGGUACCUACUGGAUUGACCCAAAUCUUGGCUGUUCCUCGGACACCAUACAGGUCAUCUGCAACUUCACCAACGGCGGGCAGACGUGUCUUAGCCCCAUCACCGUCUCCAAGCUGGAUUUUGACAUCGGCAGAGUCCAGAUGAACUUUCUCCGCCUCCUGAGCUCAGAGGUGGUGCAGCACAUCACCAUUCACUGCUUGAAUACCUCCGUCUGGCGGGAAGGUUCCUCCGAGAAACCUUCGGAAAAAGCCGUGCGUUUCAGGGCCUGGAACGGACAGAUGUUUGAGGCAGGCGGGCAGCUCAGGCCAGAAGUGGCAGCGGAUGAUUGCAAGAUCAAGGAUGGACGCUGGCAUCAGACUCUCUUUUCGUUUCGGACACAGGACCCUCAGCAGCUGCCAAUUGUCAACAUCUACAACCUUCCCCCAUCCGAGCCAGGAAUGCAAUACCACCUCGAGGUCGGCCCCGUGUGCUUCCUUUGAACAAAGCCACCGCCACGGGGCUCCAAGGCUCUGACCCCACGUCUGGCCGGUGUUUCACACGGGCUCUCCCACCUCUCUGCAGCAGGGACAGCUGGGCUGUAUCUCUUGGGUCAACUCUUGCUCUAGCCUUCGGCUCAAAGUCUCAAAGAACCCGUGAUCUACUGAACUCAGCAGGUUGUUGGAAGGAGGAAUAACAAGGAUGUAGGGGAAGCGGGUAUCAGUCGGGAUGUGAACAGUGAAAAGGGGUCAGGGGACUAGAUGUUGCAAGCAGUUCCACACACAAAGCUUUUUUCCACGACCAAAGAAAAUAUUGAGAGAAACCUCAAGCAACUUGCAGCGUGUGUUUUUUUGGGUUCCCCCCACCCACCCCAUUUUGUCUUACCUGGUUCCUGAGUUACCAAAUGUUCUUUCCAUUGAAAAGUAAUUAAAAGAUAGAGCUUCCCUCUCAGAGCUUGUCGCCUUCUGGAUGGCCACGUGCUGCAUCAGGUCUCCCAGGCGGAGCUGCAAGUUGAAUCUGGCUGCUCUGUGUACCGGAAGCAUUUCGAUGUGCAAUAUUAGAAGAAACAAUAUAUAUAUAUUAUAUUAUUUAAAGCAAAAAGAAAAAGAGGAAAAAAAAAAAGGAGAGAGAAAAAAAACAUUCUAGGUUCCCCCUUCCAUGGGUGAGUUUAAUCAACAUCCCUGCUCAUGGGUGGUGUUAGGGUAGGGGAGAGUCCCAAAGCCAAUAGGGGGGAAUGGAAGGAGGAGAGGGAAAGAGAUUGGUGCUAAAAUCGAGAGAGAGGAUGGGCUCGUCUGAUUUGUUUCUACCUCUCACUGUGAAAUCUCUGGUGCUCUUAAAAAAAGUGUGUUAUUUUAUAUAUAUGACUUUAUUUAAGGUUGUGAAGGUGCUACAGUGUCUUGCCACAGACCCAAAAAAAAGCCCACAGGACCAUCUCUCUGGGAGGAGAGGAGGUUACGCUCUACAGCUAAAUCCAAGAAACAGCCACCUUUAAAGGGAUCCCUUCAUCGCCAUGGAUGUCCAUUGUGCACAACAACUCAAACCGUGUCCAAAAUAACUUACAGGAUAUUUUAAAAGCAAAUUUCCUUAUUUUUUUCUUUCUUGUUAAUCAGCACUUCACUGCUUUGGGAGGGGAGUGAGGGAUGCAGCUCAUCUGUAAGCAUUGAGCCUCAGAGAGCUAUUUUCGAGUUGGUUUGUCACGUACUUUGUGUUGCUGUAGCGGCGCUGGCCACGUCCAUGCUGGCUGGUGCCUGCAGCGAGUCCCUGGUCUAAGCUCGUAUUUAAACCCAGCGCCACAGUCCUCCUGCCUGGCCGCUCCGCCAAGGCUGACACGAUGGUACCGUGUUCCAGAACCCAGCCGGGCUUGGAGGGGUUUUGUUUUGUUAAGUUUUGUAGAAAUUUAGUCUCUAUAUGUAAAUUUGGAGGAUUUUUUUUUUUUUAAGAGGAUAAUUAUGGUAAUCUUUAAUUCUAUAUAAGGAAUAAUAUUGAUGUAAUCAGAGCUGUACUGUAUCAGAAAUGCUUCAGUGCCUGUUUGGAGUUUUCAUGUCUCAUAUGGACUAUGGAUUUUAUUUUUUGAGAAAAAAAAAUUAUAUGUGAGUCUCUUUUUGUGUACUUUUUUUUUUUUUUAACUACUGCCUGCUGGUUGGUUUCCAACAACCAUCAGAAAAGGUUAACAAGAUCUGUCCCAAAUACCUCACCCUCCAUGCAGCCCUGCCUCUGCUCAGAAAUACCUCACCCCCACCCGGGGCAGCUCACCCCAGCACCCCCAGGCCAAAAAUCACCAUCGCUCAUCAGGCUUGCUGCCUUCCCCUGCGCACACUCCCACGCUCCUGGUUUCGCCCUCUCUCAUCCUCUCACCAUCAGUUUUCCAUGUUUUCUCAAGACUGGAGUUACCGUUUGUUCUCGUUAAAGUUUUUCUUCCUUCUCUACUUCUUUUAUUCCUUUUUUUUUUUUUCUUUUUUACUUUAAAUAAAUAUUUAAAACUGAGGCA